UCAAGAUCAGUGGACGAUGGGGAACAGUAUGUGAUGAUAACUGGGACAUGAAUGAUGCAGAGGUGGUGUGCAGACAGAUGGGAUGUGGCAGAGCGGUCAGCGCUCCUCACAGUGCCCACUUUGGUCAGGGAAGUGAACCAACAUGGCUGGAUGAGGUUGGGUGUAGAGGAACUGAGAUCUACAUAAGUCAGUGUUCACACAAUGGAUUUGGAAAGGAAGACUGUGGACAUCAAGAAGAUGCUGGAGUUGUGUGUUCAGAUGACAUGCAGAGUCCCACGUUCACCCUGAUCUCAUCACACUCUGCUGUAUCUGCUGGGGACACUGUUCAGUUCAGAUGUAUGCAUCCAAUCCCAACCUGCAUCUCUCCUGCUUUCCAUUUGUACAGAAAUGGAAAAUUAGUUAAAACUCAGUCUUCAACAUCCUCAACAUCUGAAUCUUCAACAUUCAGUUUGACUGUGGCUUCCUCAGAUCAAGGCCAGUACAGCUGUGGCUAUUCAUACCAGGGAAAGAGCUCCAUCACAUCACCUAGAAGCAGCUCUACUGACAUUACUGUGGUGCUUCUACCCACACCAAGCAUUUCUCUCCAUCCCACCAAAGAGGUCACAUGGGGAGAAAAGGUUGACAUCACCUGCUCUGUAGAAACCAAGUUCACAGGUGGAUCCUUCACUCUGAUACAGAACUCUGGGUCAUUUAGAGAAACCAAGAGUGGAACCUCCGUCACCUUCAGUUUACCAAAAGUGGACUUUGUUCAUAAGGGGUCUUACUACUGCCAGUACCAGACCAGAGAAACUGAGGCUGCAGAUAAGGACACAUUGACCAGCUGCCAACCUAAUUUCUGCUCAGCCACCCUUGCUGAAGAGACAAACAACCUCGAGAAAGUUAACCAAGACAAGCAAGUGGACAGACCAGUUGGGGUCUGUAAAAAGGUGGUGGCUGCCUCCUCCUUCUCCUGGAAGAAAAAGCGGGACCUUGCAGCUGCUCAAGAGGAGUAUAACUUGCUAAAGCACAAGCUCAUGAGUGAAACACCAACAAGAUGGGGCUCCCAUCAACAAAUGGUGAAGCGGGUUCUGGAGCAGAAAAGGGCCAUCACAGAGGUCCUCUAA